AUGGCCCCUCGCGCGGCGCUGGAGCCGCAUACGGUGGCGCCGGGAGUGCAAGAGGGGGCUCGCGCGACGGAGGUGACGGCGGACCCUUGUGCGCCGUCCACGCAGAGCACCCGCGUGGGGCCGAAAGUGGAAUUCUCGUUCGCUGUGCGCUUUCGGAAACGUUCUUCUCUGGAGGCCUUGCGCUUCGCUUUGGCCUUGCAGAGAGAGUCGCCGCCUGUCGCCACUUUGCCUCUCUCGCUCUCGUCGACAGACCCCCGCGACUUGCGGGCCUUCGCGGGUGCUCUGGGCCAGGCGUGCUGGGAUCACCCAGUCUCGCCUCACCUGGAGGAAGACCGGGACUCACUGCUUCCGUUUCAGGUCGAGAUGGCCCUCCCCUUCCCCGGCCGCGCCGAACGGCCUGGCAUGUGCAUGUCUUCUCUGACUGACUUGGCGACGCCUUGCGCGUCUCCGCUUCACACGUGCGCUCCGGCGCCCGAGACGUCGGGUCCUGCCGCGCUGUGUCGUCAGGCACACGGCUCGCCGAGGCGAGAGAGCGCGCAGGUCUCGCCUUUCCUGAGCAAACAAAUCCGCUUUCUGUCCCCGCCCUCGAAGAGCCGCUCCGCCCGGGCGCUAUCGCCGCCUGGCGACUUUGACGGCGCCCUACUGCCUCCGCCGCACCCGGCAAGCUUUUUCGACGCCUUCCCUUUCGCUGCCCAGCGAGACAGGGAACGGUCGAGGAACCUGUCGCCUUCAGGCCCUCCCGGGGGGUCCGCAGGAUCUCGGAACGCCCAACCCUGCGCUUCAGACGGUCCAGAAACGCGCCGCGGCGUGCUCGACUCGCCGGCAGCCCUCCACACUGGGUCGGGCUGCGAGGGAGGUUGCGCAGGGGAACAGACUCGACUGGUUUGCAUCGCGAGAGCGCCUGGGCGCUCGCCGGCCGACCCGACUCUGUCGGACGGGCCCGAGAAGGCCAGCACGGUGGGAGAAGGCGUGGGCCAGAAACGCGAAACCGGACUUUCUCUGGAGACCGCGCAAGGCCGUUCCUCCUGGACUCGAAUCUUGUACUCGUCCGACGAGCUCCCCGAGACGCCCUCGGUCGCGGCCGUCCCCGGCGACUUCCAGAGAGGACUGGGGGACGGCAGUGCGCCCUUCUCGCUGAUGAAACGCACGUUACCAGUUCUCGCCGGUGCACAAACGAGAACGGAAGACCCGGUGGCUUUCCCUCGAACAGCCUGUUCGGACGCCCAAGGAUGCCUAGACCUCGGCCUGCUUCCACAGGCCAUGUCCAGCGUCGUGACCGAUUUGUGUGUCGACAAGGGCCCACGUACCCUCCGGUCCCCGCUUUUCAGUGUAUAUACAGUGCCGGAGAGCCUACGAGGGAAUGCGCAGCGACGCAGCACGAAUCCCCAUCACGACGCUUCGCAGACUCGCCCGGCAGCGUUUUCUCCCAGCGGGACUUCUUCCCAGUUGGCCGCGCAGCCCAACGCGCGCCAUCCGAGCGAAGACAGACCAGCAAGUCAUGCCGGCGCCAGCGUCGACGCGCCCGGGAGAAAUCUUAAAGGCGGGAUGGAACUGGCGGUGGGGGAUGGAGGGAACGUUGCGGUCGACACGCCCAGCUACAAGGGGGACCCGGUCUUAUCAUUUUCUGGAUCCCCUGGGUCCGCUUCCCCUGGACUGGCCAGCAUUCCUCCGCACACCGCACAGCCCUCUCCGCUACCUUCGGCGUCCCUCCCGACUCCGCCGAAACCACUCGGCCAGGGCUUCCCUAUCCUGCAUCGCGCACUUCUUCCCUCCGCCUCAGCCCAGGCGCAACCGGCGGGCGAAAACCGGCGUGCUGCUGGAGAUGGCCUUCGAGGUUCCCCGCAUGCGCAGUCUCUCGCAGGAAAUCUUUCGGUUGCCAAAGACCCCUGUGAGGCUUCGGCGCGGCCUCAGCCAGACUUGGAGGCGACAGCGUGGAGUCGAAGUCCCGAGGGUGGCCAGCAGGCCGUACCUGUCUCGCCAUCGCCCGCAGUGUCUCCUGUGUACGUGACAUCUGGAGCGUUCGCCCAGGUGACGUUGCCAAAGGCUCCUGACGGCCCGGACGCGCAUGAAAAAGCUGGCGCGCCCGCCUUUUCCCCCCGCGGUACGGACACUCCAGCGUGUGUUCCAGCGGCGACAGCGGACCCCCAAACCGCCGCGGGCUCCGGUGUAUGUACAGUGCCCGAGGCAGGCGAGCGUGGCGCCGGGGGGCGUCUCCGGGCGCAGGGUUUGGGGCACGCCGCGGCGGGAAUGAGGCUCGACCAGGGGGAGAUGGAGGUCGAGGACCCAGAGCCGUCUCCAACGGCGCCUGGAGGGGCGAGGGCGUCCAGACGCAGGCAGACUGGCAGGGUCGGCGCGCACCUUCAGACGAGAGAGGAGGGAGGCGAAGACAAGGGAGACGACUGCGACGUGACUCGCGAGAGGAAGCGCGGGCGACCGCGGAAGUCCAGUCGUCGCCCCGUCGACUCCCCAGCAGAAGCGGAUGAACGCGAAACGAAGAGUGUGGAUGAUCCCGCAAAUCCCGGACCUGUCCCCAGUCUGGAAACACUUCUUCCAAAUGCAGGAAGGCCGGGCUUUCCUGACCGCGGCCCUACGCUCGCGUUCGGGAUUCCCGCCGGUUCACCCCCUUCCAAGUCCGGCCAACGCCCCGCUCCAAUGCCUGCUCUCUCGUCUCGGAUGGCGCCUGGAGAAGAACAGGAGGCACGCCUGCUCAGCGGCCCCGCGCGUUGUCCGGCACCUGCGAGCGCGCGUCCUGACGCAUCACUCCCCGCUGUGCCCUAUUUGCUGGCCACGCGAUCGACUGCGGAUCGGCGCACGGAGGAGCAGAGCUGCGCGGGGCACGGGGCCGAGCUGUCGCCUCCGGCCUGUCAGAGUCCGAGCUGUGGCAGCGCAGGCAGGCUGAGUCGCGAAAAGCGGAGCGGCCCAGACGAGGGACAGGGCGAUUGCGCAGCUUCCAGCGUAGCGCGGCUUCCCGGCUGCGGGCAUGACGCGUCAGAUUCGAGGAAACGGGCGAAAGCGGAGUCAGCAGACGCCGGUGCCGAUGCCCCAACUGCGUCUCGUGCGUGCGAGCGUCGCAGGGAGGACGAUCGAGCGACAGCGCAGACGCGCGGCAUGCCGCUGAACGCAAACCGCGUGGAAGAGGCGGCGGCACGAGGAAGGACUGCAGAGGCGGAAGCGACAACAGCCCUUCCUGACGGCGCAGCCGGCCGCCGCACCAGAGAGGAGGCUCACGACUCUCGCGCGGGAGAGGGACAGCGGGCGGCGCGAAAUGAAGGCGCGGAACGCCAAGACACUGGGGUGUCUCCUUGGGCUUCGCUCCAAGCUUGCGGCGUCAGGGCGUCCCUGGAGGCUGCCGGACAAGGAGAGACAGGCGCAGGCGUCGAGACGAGGUUGGCAGGCGCGCCUCGCAUAGGUGAGAAAGAGCCGCGGCUGAUGCCCUCGGGGCCCGGUGCGUUUUCGGAGGAAGGCGACGCAUGCAUGGAUCUGUUCGCCAACGGAGAAGGCGAGUCGCGAGUUGCUACGCGCCUGCCAGGCUGGAAUGUGUGCACCUGUGCAGCUCAGACGGGACAGGCCGCGGGCGAAGGUUUCGAGACCGCGUUGUUGGCCCAGUCGGAACUGGCCCACACGUCGCGAGAACACGAAGGGCGCUUCUCUGUUUCCGCGGCUACUCUCGUUUCCCACUUGCCUGCUCUGCAUGCAGAGGCCGCAGAGCGAGCCGCGGUGGAACUCCGCGACGCGCAAAUGCUUUCUCUUUCCGAUGCGUUUUCCGACUCAGGCAUCCCUCCCUCGCGUGUCACUGGAAACCGGCUUGGCUCUUCCGACGCUUGCGGGCCUGCCGGCUCUUCGGGGUCUGUGGAAAACAGCGCAAAGACCGAGGUCGGACCUGAACGCAAGGGCGACGGCGAGAAGAUGGACAGAGGCGAGCAGGCGGGCGGCGUUUCGAGUCCCGUCUCGAGUUCGCCUGGAAACGCCUUCAGGUGUUUGCAGCGAUCCGCCGAUUCCCCCGGUGCGCACUCAAGCGCGACGUUGCCGACUGUUCUCGGCGCGGUUCGUUCCUCUCCUUCUCGGCUGCCUCCGUCCCCCACGCACUGCAGUCUGCUCGAGACGGCGGCCCCCGGCGCUUCUGCUGCUCCCUGGGCGUCUCCGAUGCUGCCGCCGUGGGCGUGCGAUGCGUCCGGAGACUCGCCGCAUGCGCGUUCCGGAGGGUCGGAGGAGACGGACUUCGAAGACAGUCAGGAGCAGGAACCGGAAAGGGGGUGCGGACUGCUGGGUGGCGCGCCUUCAUCUCUCGGCGACAGCUCACGCCGCCUCUCUCCCGAGUCAGGGAAAUGCCGCGAACUCCCAGCAUCCGCCGCGGAGACUGGCGACGCACCGUGUCCGUCUAGGAAGAGACGCGCGUGUGUGCAGAGAGAGGACCACGGUUCUCGGGCAGUCCGACGCCGCAGCGGAAAGCGGGAGGCGAGACCCGACGGCGGGCGGAGCUCGCAGACUGGCCAUCAGCAUGGCGGAGACGCCAGCCUAGCCUCAGAGGUGACGGCAGGUCGCCUGGUGUUGGGCGAACUGGACGAGGCGCAGAGCAACUGCGACUCUCCGACGGAAGAGGCACCAACCGGAUGUGCCGACGCGCGUUGCUGUGAUGUCGUUUCGCAGCCGCGCCUGAUGCACGUCGCGCAGGAACCAGUGGCCGAGUGUCCUAGCACCGCGUCCCUGCUGUGUAGACACCCGGCGUGCGCUCUCAGUUCGGACGGCGACGGGAGCGCGCACGGAGGCGUUUUAGAGAGAGACCGCCUAGGGAACAGGCGAGAAGAGAGGAGCCGACACCGGGGGUCGGUGGGCACGAGCAGUCGAACUCGUGUGGCGAGUCUGACCGGAAGCCGCGAAAGUUGCCGCGGCGCAGCGAGUGGAACCGAAGAAGAGACACCGAGCUGCUCCGACUCCGGGGCGCCGGGAGACAGCGACCCCGCGACGCGCGACCGUGGAGACAGCGCAUCCGUCGAGGGCGCGACGGCGCUCUCGUCGUUGCCUGCGUCGGGACGACACCGGAAAACGAAGUUGGCCGACUGUGAAGGAGACACACGCGUGAAGCGGCGAGGAAUCACUCUUAGAAGCGGCGGUAUGGCGAGCGAAGCACAGCCUGAAGACGGAUCGGUGGGGGCCGCUGGAAUCGCCGCGACAGGCGAGUCGCGCCUGCGCGAAGGCGACAGGGAGUUGCAGAUGUCGAUGGACGCGUGCACCUGGUCACCUGACGCGAGCGUCUUUGGAAAGCUAACGGCGCUGCCGUGUGUGCCCAGGUGCCUGGAGGGAGCGACGCCUUCGCCAACUUUCCAGUGCGCCCAAGGCCUGGCGCAGAGUGGAACCGCGGAGCUGGGCGACCGUCCGGGGCCUACGGGAGAGGCGGCCGCCGCUGCGUUUGUGGGUUGCUUGGUGGACGGAGCAGCCGAGGGAGCGCGAGAGAAGAGCCCUUCGAGUGCGGGGUCGCCUUUUGCGACUGCGUCAGUCGAACCGAGCACUGCCGACUGCACCCCAGUGGGGCGCGACCCUCUCGAGCUGGGGACGGAGACACAGUCCGUGAAGGCCUUGGAAGAGCUGAGCCGCAGUGUCGGCACACGGGAGCCCGGGCCGGAUUCCGGCGGCGGCCGUUCCAAGUCCCCGGCCUCUCGAGCAGCGUCUCCCGGUGUUCGCCAGAGCCCCGAUUGUGUCGCCAAAUCAGGUGAGACGCCUGCCGCGCGCCACGUUGCGGCCUCCCUCCCAUGCCUUCCGUCCCCGAGUUCAGCGUGGCCCGGCCCAGGCGAUCCAGAGACGGGCGAGGACGAGGGCGCGCAGCGGCUGAAGGCUUCGGACUUGGAGCCGGUGCCUCCGCGGCCGGGAAGUCUAGGUCCGCGAGCAGCGGGGCCGCAGCCGGUGUCAGGGGGUGCGUGCUAUCCCAGCGCGCUUUGCUGCCUUCCCCGAAGCGCCGCCGUCUUUAUGGGCGCGAACGGGACGCCGGCCCUCAACUCCCAGGCGUCACCCUUCCUCGGCGUCGACCGGGAGACGAAUGCCGUGCAAGGGGCGUGCACCUGGGUACACCGAGACGAAGGGAAGCAUGCGCGCGACUUGCCGUCUCUCGAGUCCAUGGAGACAACUGCAGGUUCCGGCUCAGAGGAGCCGAAAGCUGCUGAAGGGCGGCCGGUCGCAGGCCUACCCGGCGUGUUUCCAACUGGAUGCGAGGCAUACACCCCGCCGCAAGAACUGGACACGACGCCGCGUGCAGGCUACGGCAGCGAAAGGGUCCAAAACGGCGCAGCGUCUGUCGACGGGACGGGUCUCGGCGGCCAGUUCGCAGUGCCGGUGGAGAGCGAGUCCCCUUGGCAUCCGACGUCCUGGUCUUGGGCCGGGGACAGAUACUGCCCCGCGGCCGUCCAGUCGCCUUCUCAGCCGUGGGGCACAGAGAUGGGAAUGAAGCCCGGUGUACGGACACUGGAGCCAAGUCGGGACGUGGCGCCUGCGGAAAGGGAGAGCGGAAACGCAGCGAGUUGUAACGUGACGCCCGAGAACUGGGCGAGCUUGGGUGCCGCGCCGGCGCCGCUCCUCUCGCAGCAGUCCGUCCCUUCCCCUGGCGAGGCUGUAGGGCUCUGUGACCAGGAUCCGGCGGGUUUGCGUGCGGCCCCGCCGACGCUCGGCUGCACGUCACUCGACCCCACUGUCUGUGGAGCGCAGCGCGAUAUGGCUUUCGCGCCGUCCUCUCCGGCCGCUCCUGACGCCCCGUGGCCGAACGGCAGUGCUCACCGCGCCUUUCCGUAUUUGCCCCACUGUGUCGGAGGGCCUCCUGGGACGCCGCUGCUUCGGACCUCGCCGGUCCCCUGUGGACUGGCGGGAGGCUCGUCAGCCUUCGAGUGCGCAGUUUCCUACCAAGUCCAAGAGACGCCACUCGCUCGCUCGCCAGAGACGGAGGACUAUCAGGAGCUCUCCCUGGAGGCAACGCGAGGGCCGAACCUGUUCACGCCUGUCUCCGUGCCUGUUCCUGGACCUGGUGAGGCAGCCUCGAAAGCCCCGCCCACCGCGUUCGCUGGCGCAACUUUGGCGAGCGCCGGGCGGCCUGGACGAGAAGGCGGCAAGACACUCGAGAGAAAAGCAGAGCCGGCAGAGAACGCGAGGGGGGCGGGGCCGGAGGACCGCGAGAGCAUGUUGGACUUGUCAGACGCCAGGUGGAGAGACUUAAAGCGCCAGGGCUACUUUCGGCUGGGAGACAAAGGCCGGACGUCCAUCAAGUCGCGCAUCGCCAGAGAGCUCCGCGCAAAUCCGGAACUCCGUGCCCAGGCAGCUGCAGUCUCAGGCGUGCGCUCGGCGACGACGAAACAGCUGUACCAACUGGCGGAACUCUGCGGGUUCUACGACGUCCUCCCUCCUCAGUUUCAGCCCCCGUCGCGGCCGCUGUCCGACGCUUUGCACGGCGGUGUCUCGGAGGCAUCGCAGCAGGCAACCGCGGGGUACUCGGUCCCUCCCCUGCAUGCCGCGUCGCACCAGGACGGCCUCCAGAGGCUCCACGGCUCGCCGAUGCACCAGAGCCUAGACCGGGUUCAGCCUGCGGCCUUUCCCGAAAGUCGACUCUCGGAACGGAGCGAGGAGGCACUCGUGCCGCUGUGGCCCUCUUUCCCGUCGGGCCACGGACCGCUCCACGGCGCAGUCGAGGCUCACGGACUCCAAGCUGGAGGCGACGGGAGAGAGGCGCACGCCACUGGAGACGGCAGUGUCCCAGAGCGUUACUUCCGCUGUCUGGGGUCUGUGGGGCCGACCCACAGUCUCCCUGUGGACGAGCGAGGCGAAGGCUACGCGUACCCCUCCGGCUACGGCGACGCGCAGUUUCCCACGGAAGACCGCGAGGAGACCCAAGCCUGGAGGCUCCACCCCAGAGAGGACUGUCUUGCCGGCCUUGCGGCGGGCAGCUGCCACGGCGACGAAGGCAAAGAGCACGUGGGAGUCGACGGGAACUCGCUGGGGUUUCCCGCGGAGCGUUUCUGCUCCAGCCAGCCAAGAGUCGGUGAGCCGAGUCGACCGACCGACUUGCUGCGGCCGUCGCGCCCGUUCCAGUCCCCGGCGGCCGGCACGAUGCGUCUCAGUGUGUCGCCGUCCCUGGGUCUGCCUUCGCCUCGCAAUUCAGGCGCGCCGAGGUGUCUCGAGGCCUCCGUUUCGGCCGGCGUCGGGACCCAGUGUCUGUCGCCCCUGUCAGAAACGAGUCUCUGCAGCACCACGUACUCCAGUUGCCUGAGUCGCGCGACCAGCCGAAGCAGCCUCGGCCGGCGUGCUGGCUAG